CCAUACAAGUCCUGUAGGGGCUGGAGGAAGCAUGACAUCAUGCACAGCUCCAGCCCUCUCUCUCUCUACGAGCACAAAGAGUAAAACAGCUUUGUUUCACUACUGCAAACAGCUCACUCGACGACAGCACCGUGAUCCUCCGCGGUCCCAUCCAUAACAACACACCGGGAGUCUGGCCCUGUGUGCAGGGAGUCUGGGAGUCUGGGAGGAGCAUCAGUCCGUCCGUCCGUCCGGGCUAUGGAGGAUGGGGGCCGUGUCUGUGUCUGUGUGGUGGGACAGCAGCCGUGAUGGGGGCUUAGCAGAAUAACAUCUCACUUUCUGCAUUUUGCAUUUUCUCUGUUUAGCUUGGUAUUCAUCUGUCGCCAUGGAUCCAGAGAAAACGUUGACAUUCUGCCUCGGGCUGAAGGCUGAGGAGAUGACCAUGUCCCUGCAGGGGCUGGACAGGACUGAAGCUGCUACGGUUGCUGUUUCUCAGAAGGAGGUCGACAUGCCCACAGUUAAUAAGGUGGUGAAGCAUCACGGGGGUUCUGGUAGCCAGCCUGUUGUCAGUCCCAAGUACUGUCCUGGGGUAAACAACAAUCAAGGUUACCUGUGUGAAACAGGACACUGCUGCGGAGAGACAGGCUGCUGUACCUACUACUAUGAACUCUGGUGGUUCUGGCUGCUGUGGACGAUGCUGAUCCUCUUCAGCUGUUUCUGUGCUUACCGCCACCGCCGGGCCAAGCUGAGGAUCCAGCAGCAGCAGAGACAGAGGGAGAUCAACCUGAUCGCUUAUAACGGAGCCUGCAACUACCCUUCCUCAAUGCUGGACCUCAGUUUUCUGGCUUCCUUCAAGUUGCCGUCCUACGAGGAGGUGGCGGCGCAGCCCAGCACCCCUCCUCCGCCUUACAGCUCCGUCUUCGCCCUGCAGGGAGGUGCCAUGGGGGGUCCUAGCUCCUCUUACCCCCAUCAUCACCACCACCGUCACCCCUGCCCUCCCUAUCUGGGCCCCGGCCCCAGUGGCCUGACUUCCUCCCAGAGCUCUGACAACUACACCAGCUGCUCCUGCGAGUCGUGCUCCCUCACUUCCCCCUGCAGCACCUCCUUCUCUGUCCAGGUGACAGACGAGACGUAUGACAGCAGCCACAUCUCCACGCCCAGUGACGCAGGAGGCGACUAUGCCGUCAUGCCGAGGGUUGGGGCCAACUUCACACCAACUUCUUCCCCGACACCUCCGUCACAAGUUCCACCUGAUGUUAUACCUGCGGCCACUCCAGAUGUCAUACCCGUACAGAGACGGUCCUCUAAUGGCAGUGAAGGAUUCUCGCCUUCAGCUCCACCACUCUCGCUUCCUUUACACUCUCGUCCCGCACACCCUUCUCGCCUCCCACUUUCUCCCCUCAUCCUGUUAUCUUCCCUCUCUCCUGGUCAAGUCCAUCCUCUCCUCUUCUUAGACCCACUUGGUGCGGUGGCCAUUCAGAGAGAGAAAGAAGAAGAGGCCCCGUCUUGUGGUCCAUCCACCAGGCCCACUCUGUUUCCCCCUAAACAGGCUCUGUUCUCCUCAAACGUGGCUGUUUUCACACAUUGCAACAACAAAGAGGAGCAAAAACGACACAAAGAAGAGGAGGAAGAGGAAGAAGAAGACGACGAGGAGGAUCAUUUCCGGCAUCGGCGGCUAACCGGUGACUCGGGCAUCGAGGUGUGUCGUUGCCACGUGAAGAGAGAGGAACAACAGGAAGAGGAACGGCAUUUUGGGAAAGGAGGAAAAGAGGCCGUGAAGGAAGAGAGGGCAGACGAGCUGCAUGACAGCGUGGACUGUUCCCUCCGAGCGAAGGCCGCCGCUCACUCGCCUCUCCUGGACGACUGCGCUGAACAGCGUGGCCACGUCUCUUCAUCCUCCAGUAUCAUCCAGAAGACAGGCGAGGCCAUCAUCACUGUGGAGUCCUCGUAAGCUAACAGCCUGUGAGAUGAAGUCAACUAAGUGGAAAAAGUGAGAUGUUUAUGCUUAAUAGCAUCUCCAUAGUUCAAGACCAGUAGGUGAAAAGUUGAAUCACUGAAGAAAAGUCUUGUAGGUCAUACUUUAAAUGGUUGGGGACAGCAUGAGUAAUGGAUCCUCUUGUUUUCUCUGUAUUCAAAUGAGAAACUCCAAGAGAAGCCGACACCUGAAAGUCCUAUUUUGUAGUUAAUUUAUUUAUGGUUUGGGGCGAAGGCAUAUCUUUUUCUUUAAAGUGAUGAAAAUGAUCUGUCUCCACAUGCUAACCAAAUCCGUUUUUACCAGUGGCUCGAUGUCAACAUCCCAAUGUCCCUCUACCGUUUACUUUUCAUCUCUCUUUCCUCUGCAUGACGUAACAUUGCUAAAAUAGCGUUUUAGCGCCUUGAAACAAAAGUCAGUGGUUCCCGGCCUCAGUCAGAUAAAGAUAGAUAGAAUAUAAAUCAGAGGGGUUGUGAUAAUUAACAGCAUAAGAAAGAAGAAACACAAAGUUCUUCUAUAGAAAACAAUAUGCUAAUGUUUCUCUUAUCUUUGCUUUUGUAUGUGAAAUUAUGGAUAGUUUUACAUCUCUGGGCAAUUAGAAAUAUUCAAAUGAAACAAUCUGAGAAGCCAAAAUCAAUCUUUAGUGGACCUGCUCACAGCGUCUUGACAUAUGCAAUGUGUGAUGAGGUCACAAAAAUAUAUACUUUCAUUUUAAAAGGUCACACAACAAAAGGGUUGGGAACCGCUGCCUGAUAAAUCAUAUUACUCAAAUCAUCCCAGCAGCAAUGAACGAGACUGUUUAUCAUUAACUGACAUAAAAUAUAUCUUAUAGAAGUAUAUGAUGAAGAAUCACGGAACAAUUCAUUUUCAGAAGAGCAGCUCUAACUAAUUGUGUCUGAAUGACAUUAUAUAAUCUUAAUUUACUGGAUUCUAUCUUUUGAAGAGUUCACUAUUGAACAUAUGGUUUUGUUGUAGGGUGAGUUUUGUUGCUUUCACCAGCCUACUUCCCUCUGUUUUAGAGGAAAUAAGAAGUAACUGAAGUGUUUUCUACAUUGUGUCUUAUGUUGCGUCCCUAAAGGAAAAGGGGUGCAAACAUUAAUUAUAACGUUUGGGUGGCAAAGCUUUACAACGGUAUUCUGAGUAUACAUUGUUGUUUCAGACUGUUACAUGAUUCUACUGUAUAAUGAACUGUUUGACUUUGGAUUUGAUGUGUUUGAACACGUUCUCGGUUGGUCGUUGCCAUUUUUGCAAGGCAAUGUAAAUCUGAUUCCUCCACGGACGGACUGUUGAGUUUUUACAAGGCAGAAACUUUAAGCCUAAUCUCUCAUCACUGAUAAUAAUGAAUGUAAAAGGUUAUGCAUCGCAGCAAAAAGAUAAAUUGUUUACGGAGAAUUUUAUAGCAUGCCGCUUGACUGAAAACCUCUGGAAAAAAUGUUCAAAACUGCAGCGAGGCAAUACGAUCUGCCAGGUGUUUGCUUUGAGAAGACACUUUGAAAUGAAGUGCCCAUUGUAAUGUCUGUCCGAGUCAAGUAAUGCUUGUGAGAUGUCAAAGGUGUACGAGGUGAGGGUUUAAAGUCAGAGUGAUGCCUCUGUUGCUGUGGCUAAACAUGUGCUCGAGAGUUGGACAGCUUUUCUCUAAAUCUUUUUGUAUGUAAAAUCAUUUGUCAGUUGGUGUUCGUCAGUAGAGAGUAGCCUCUGCCUCAGUGUGAGGUUGAUACCCUUCAUUGAUGCUCAGUAGUGGAUCCUGGUGUUAGCAGUGGGAACAGCACACAUGUACUCUCUUGUCAUUAAUUCUCAGUACAAAAUGUACUGAAUGCAUAGAACACGAUUUCAAAAGAGAGGAUGUCACAUCAAUCACAUUUUUGUACAUGUUUGUCUCAGUUUUUAUGAGACGAAUGUCUCUGCAGUUCACUUGGUUGUGUCCUUGGCUCAUUGCAAAGCUAAUUGUUUAACGCCUGAAGGCAAAGCUUUCAACUCAUUUAUUAUUCUGCGGAGAGAAAACGUUGCCUCGGUUCAGUUAUACAUUUAUUUAUCAUAGACAAAUCGUGUGUGUAUAGGGAGUUCACGCAGGUUUGUGUAAGUUUUGAAGGUAAUUUCGACUCACAGGUGUGUCUCAGAGAUGACCGAUGCUCUGACGGAGACCGUUCACCCUCUGAACAUGUCAACAUUAAAGCCUUUUGGCUACUGUACAUUUUUCGGCUUAAGACUGGACAGUUUUUUCUCAUUAGUUCUAGCUAAUGUAUGUUUAUCAGAGUAUAUGGUGCCUAGAUGAAAUAGACUUUCUGUUAGGCAUUCUAUAGUUUACUGCUGCUAUGCGAGUGUGUGUGUGUGUGUGUGUGUGUUUUCUGUAAAUUGUGUAUAGUCGUACAUCAAAUGGGCAAACGUUUUCUAGCAGUGCUUAGCAGUCUCUUUAUAAAAUAUACACAGUACGCAGUACAUGGGAGACUAGCAAAAAUAGUAUUUAGCAAUAGUAUUCACACUUUUUUCCUUACUCUAGUUAAUGCUGGUUGAUAGGAAAUUAACUGUUGUGAAAAAGACAUUUACCUCUUUAUAACUGAUCCGUGAGCUGUGCAGGGCAGAGGCCCGUGAUUGUACAUAACACUGCAUUUUAAAUGACUUUGGCUUAAGGUUUCUCCCAAGUGCAAACUCAGAUUAUCUGGUUUUACCUUAGCCCCAGUUUGUGCCUCUCGUGUGUUGUCAUUACAUUUAGGUCUCGGAGUUAAGUUAAGAGUUUUCCAUUAGUGCAUACAAUGUCCAGCAGGGGGAAAAUAGUAGCCAGGAAAUUUUGAGCGUCAAACACUUAAUUUCCUGCGUUCUAUGUGAUUUUUUUUAUGCACUAAUUUAUGUCUUUAUUUAUGUAAAAGAAAACACAAAAUUCAGGCGCCAGGUGACAAUUCAAAAUAUAAAGAUAUAAUAGACUCUAUUUAUUCUCCUGUAGGUCAACUUCUCUCAUUGGAUGUUAUCUCUGCUGAGUCAACACACAUCCUCAUGUGUUCAUGAAAAAUAUCUAUUCUGAAGGUUUUUUCCACAUUACCCUGAACUCCUCUGUCCAUUAGGAUUAAAAAUAUGAUAUAAAAGAUUUUAAAGCCAAAUUGCAACUCUUGUUUCCUCGUCCACACAAAGACGGUAGCUGGAAAUAACGUAUGUCCUUGCUUCAUUUGUACGAUGUGAACCAAAAUGUAAACGUUUUUUAUCUGUUACAUUUUCUAUAUUGAUGUUCCUUUCUAUGUUUUUAUAUUUUCAUACAAAAUAAUGCAUUUAUUUGGCCUUUAAUCAUAUGUUUAGUCUUGUCUAUAUAGAGGCCAAAGAUGGUAAGAUGCACAUUCAAAAAUAUUCAGGAGGAGAACAAUACAGUAUGUGAGCAGCGCGAUUUGGGGGAAAUGGAAAGUGAGUCUAAUUUUCUUUUGUAUUGUACAUACCAUGAUGAUUUGUGAGCAUCAAUUUUCCAUAAAAUGGCUCAACAAAACCAUGAAAUAUUCUGGUAUGAAAUGAUUUAAAUUAGUAGGGCUGUCCUCGACCAAAGAAAUUCUUAGUUGACUAACACUCAUAUGAUUUUGUCAACUAAUCGGUUAGUUGAUUUAAUCGACAAAUCUGUAAGAAUCACACAAAUGCACCACUUUAAAUCUUGUGUUUACCAGAGAUAUGCUCAUAAGUUUCUUGGAAACAAGUCAUUAAAGUCAUCACAAAAGCAUAAACAACGACUAUUCAACUAAGCCCAAAAUGACUGAUUAGACGAUUAAUCCACUAAGAGGCAGCCCCUAAAAAUUAGAAUGGCCAUUUCAUUUUUAUGUGUUUAAAUUUGCUAACUUUGUCUCACAAGCCUGAAAAAGAGGGAAAGAUUGCUUAUUUAAUUAUUUAUUCAGAUUUCUUCAGUAUCAUACAGUAAAUGUUUUGUCAGUAAAUUAUGAAUUUCAUUGUAGACAUGAAGGUCUACAAAAUCUAAUUGUGAAAAUUAUUUUUAGACUUUUUGUAGUUUUGUUUAAAAAUGUAUGUGCAGCAUUCUGGAUCUGAUCUUUAUGAAUUUGUAUAUAUUUUAAUUUGGACAUAAAUGUAUUCAUUCGUAUAUGAAUUUGUAUAUUUUCUUAUGUCAUACUAAACAAUAGGAAAUAUCAUACACAGGAGAGAUUGUAAUAUAACAAUGGCUAUUGUUUUCCUUUCUGAAUCUGAAAGUGAUGAUAAAUGACCUUAUGGAUUUUUCAGGUAUUUAUUUUUCAAACCGAUGUUUAGCUCUGUGAAUUGAAUGUAAUCGUAACACACAAGAGGCUCAAACAGGGGUUAGUUUUAGCCCAGCUCUGAUUUUACAUUGAAGCCAAACUGAUCUGAGUUCAGUGUAUAUAGAACUAGUGUGAUUUUCUUUUUGCCUUGUCAGCAGCUAGUACCGACAAAAUGCCCAAACUCUACCCUCAUUGCCACAGAAGGCCAAGGCCUGAUAUAAGACUGUUACCUCGCUGAGUUUUGACUGCAAAGGACUGUUUACUUCUCCUUAUCAAGAUAGUAUUUACUCUAUAUUUGUACUGACUUUAUUUUGUAAUGCCGAGAAUUGAAGAAUUAAAACACAGAGCCCACAUUGGUAAGGCUGAACUGGUUUGCCAGGAAAAAAAACAAAGCAUCAAACCCUGUUGGUUCAGGAUUAUUCAAGACUGUUUGUCUCCCGGGAAACAAAGUGUUCUCCUUUUACUCCUGCAGCUACGCGACGGCAGGAUUUAUAGAAGUAUCUAUAUGUGAUUGUACGUGGAGUAGUUCAGAUUAAUAUUGCUACACAGUGUGGUGUUCUUUGAGGGUUUCCUUGUUGAAUUUCUACCUGCAGCUCUUCAGUGUGUCGUACGCAUGUGAGAGAGAGUUUAUCGUCUGCCGUGUUGUUGUGCUGUUAAAUCAUUGUCGCUUAUUAUGAGGCCAAAGUUGAUUGUCGUUGGUAUUUGUUAACAUGAUAUUUGUCGAUAUAAAUAUCCAAGCAUUUUUAUGUCAUCAUGAAUAUCAAGUUGAUUUUGUAUCUUGGUGUAUAGCAUAGAGAUUUCUGAUGCAUACUCUGAUGUAAAAUCCAAAUUUUUAGAUAUAUUUGUUUGGUCGCACAUAUCCUGGUGCUUUUUUCCCAGAAGGUGGGGUUGUAUUUAGGUUUCUUCCAUUUGAGGUUUUUUCAUUGAUGCUCAUUGGGAAUUUUGGACACGGACAUCUGCGCUACUUUAUUCAACAAAAACUGUGGAUUUUGUGUCAAAAUAAAAGCUACCAAGUGCUACCAAA